AUACAAGCAAUUUACAGAAAGAAAAUGCAAAGUUAACUGGUACUUCAGGAAACGAAUUGGACCGUUUUCUAUUAACGCGCAGGCAGCGUAAAGUUUGGUGUCACUCACGCGUUACCUGAUGGAUUGUAGCUCCAUAGUGACAGAGAUGACGCCAAAACAACAUGCGAUGAUCAUGGGGAUUACUAUAUUGAAGAGUCGGUAAAGCGGAAGGAUAUUGCUGAAGGUUGAAGAGCUUCACAAUUCGAAUGCGACCAGGUGAGUGUUUGGCGUGUGGGCAGGAUGAGCAGCACGUUUGUGACGCUAGCGGAGGUGUUGGAGUCUCGAGGAGGCCCCCUACUGGAGGACGAGGUCUGGUCCCUCCUCCUGGGGACGGCGGAAUCCCUGGUCGACAUCUCUUACAAAGGACAUAACAGCAUGUGUAGCAUCAUAAGCCCCGCCUCCCUGCUGCUCUCGGCCACUGGAACGCUGGCGUUCAAGAACUGUGCCCUAUCAGACGAAGCGUGCACCUUUACUGCGCCAGAGAUGCUGCAAGGCCGAGCAUCCUCAACCAAACCUGCAAUGGAGAAGAUGCUUGUGUACUCACUGGGGAUGACUCUAUACUGGUCGGUCGACUAUCAUCUACCUCAGAAUCAGCCAGUCCAGCUGAGUGACCACCUAAACAGCCUGCUACUGAGCAUGUGCGAAGACCUGGCCCACCGGAGGGUCAAUCUGAACAGCAUCCUGGAGUCCUGUGAGUCUCAGCACAAAGCCUCUCGCCUGCCUCCCCCCAAUCGAGUCAUACAACAGCUGGUGGAGGACGUGUUUCAUGAAGCGGUGGACCAUGGGUCUGUGGCAGAACCCUUCGCCCCGCUGAGCGGGAGGAGUCAGAUGAUCAGAGAAAGGCUUCAUGGCAAGCAGGAUCGGUAUCCAGACUACAGUGAGGGCAGCGGGGCUGGAGCGGAGGGAAGACGCUACUCUACUGAGUCUGACAACAAGUCAGGAAGUGUCCCUCACAAGCCCUGGCGGCAGAAGCACAGGAGCUCGCUCAGCCCUGCAUACCCUUCUAACAUAGACAGACUGUCACGGGGUCUCAGGCACAGAGACAGUAGCAGUAGCUGGCUGUGCCAGGCCCCCUACGGUGGCAUCUCCUCUAAGGGCGCACCCCAAACCUCUAGCCCCUCCAUCACUUUCAGCGACUCCUCAGCCAGCCUCAGUCAGCGGAAAGCCCAGCCUUUGGGACCUGAGUUCAUUAGGAUGGCUGAUGAACCCCAGAUAAUUCUGGAGCUGCCUGGAUCUAUAGUGUCUAAGAAGGGCAGGUCUUGUUCGUCCCAGAGAGAGGUCAGUGUGGUGAUGCCUAGUGGUCAGUCUGUCUUGGUCAGAUGUGACAUAAAGUCCAGAGGGAGGGAUGUUUUCGACAUGGUGGUGGCUCACGCUAACCUUGUAGAGCACUUUUACUUUGGACUGGCCUUCCUCGAUGAUGAUGAGUAUUUUUUCCUGGACCAUGAGACAAAGAUCUCCAAAGUCGCACCUGACAGUUGGAAAAAAGUAGUGUCAACUCCUUUUCUUAUUUUUCUACGGGUCAAGUUUUUCGUUAACGACAUCUCCUUCAUAUUACACAGGCUGACGCGUCACCAGUACUACUUGCAACUGCGGAAGGAUAUAAUAGAGGACAGGUUGUACUGCAACGAGGAGACAGGCAUGUUCCUGGCAGCUCUCUCUCUACAAGCCGAGUUAGGCGACUACAUGCCUCAGCUGUAUGGUCGAAACUAUUACCAGCCAGAGCAGUAUGUGUCUAAGAGGAUGCUGGAGAAGAUGGCUCUACCCACUCUGAAGGAGGAGUUGCCGCGAUUACAUGCCAACAACGCUCAGAUGCUGCCAGAGGAGGCCGAGAUGGAAUACCUAAAAAUCGCCCAGCAGCUUCCAGAGUAUGGGAUGGUGUUCCAUCGGGUAGGCCGGGAGAAGAAGCCUGUGGUGCGGGAGCUGGUCCUGGGAGUCUGUGCCACUGGAAUUAUGGUCUAUGAGCUGAAGAACAACCUCCGAACCGUGACACGGCGAUUCCUCUGGAGGGAGACCGAUACCAUAUCCGCCAACCGUCGUAAGCUGACCAUAGAAUGCGGUGGCCCCAGUGGCAAGAAGCACAGCUUUGUGGCGGAGAGUUCCAAGAUCGCUCAGUAUCUCCUCACUAUCUGCUCCGCGCAGCACAAGUUCCACAGCGAGAUGACCUCAAGGCAACACAACCACAGCGUCGCUCAAGACGAGAACAUUGAAAAGUACCAGUCCAUCAGUCGGAGGCGGGACUCCUGCCGGAAGCGUCUGUCGUGUUCUGAGGCUAUGCUGAACAGCGUAGGCUCACUGAACAACCCCGGCCUCGGCGAGUCUCUAAGUAAGUCCUGUGACGACAUCACGGCGAAGGUGGAGGCGCGUCUGAAGCAACAGAGAGAGUUGAGGGAGGUGAACCGAAAUCUCCCCGAGCCAUGCCCACUGCCAGAGAUGAGGGAACAGCAGCCCUGGAGCACUCCAGAGACCAUCCCCAGAAGAAUGUCCAAAGCCUUGCUACAGAAACAGGACUCCGAGGCCCUUUCAGAGGCCCCCUCAACAACCUCCAUGAGAGUAUACACUCCAACCAGGGGUUCUCCAAAGCGGGAGAUCAUUUGUCUGGUCCUGAAGAAAGACCCUAAACUGGGCUUUGGGUUUGUGAUAGUGGGAGAAGACAACACAGGGAAACUGGACCUGGGAAUCUUUAUAGCUUCUAUCGUACCUGAUGGCCCAGCAGACAGAGACGGCAGAAUAAGACCAGGUGGUCGCCUCAUCUCUUUGAAUAAGAUCAGUCUGGAGGGUGUGACAUUCACAGACGCUGCGGCCAUCCUCCAGAGCAGCCCUGACGAGGUGGAGCUCAUCGUCUCACAGCCCAAAUGCUCCCUGAGGGACAGUAAGAGCUCGUUGGCUACCCCUGACUCUCUGAGGGACAGUAAGACUUCUCUGACCCCCAGUAGUCUGAGCCUGAUGUUUGAGUCCCCGACCACCUUUAACGGGACUGAGUUCCGUCCGGCGGUAGAGGAACUGGAGGAGGCUCUGGUUCUUUCUAACAUGGCCACACCAAAACAAGGCAAGAGACUUCACAUUCCAGUGGUCCGAAUCCUGGAUACUCAGGAGGUGCGUUCCAGGUCUGCCUCUAUCUGUAGUUUGAAAGCUGUGCAGCAACUGGUUGUGGAGCUGAAAAAGGUUAAUGGCAGCUUGGGCAUCAGUGUAGCUGGUGGAAUGAACACCUGCGUUCGUUUCGGGGGGAUCUACAUCAAGAGUCUGGUGCCAGGGGGUGCCGCCGAGCAGGAUGGACGCGUUCAGAUAGGUGACAGACUGCUGGAGGUUGAUGGGACAAACCUACGAGGUGUAACGCACACAGACGCCGUGGAGUGCCUGAAGAAGACCGGAGAGGUGGUGAGGCUGCUUCUUGAGCGAGAGCCCCAGGUGGUAGAGGCGGGAGUGGAUCGACCCCGCUCGGCAUCACACAGCCAAUCAGGAAGCCUCAGGAGAGACAGCUCCAUGGAGAUGACCUUGAGUGGCAAGUCCAAGGACUACAGCUUUGUCACUGAUGAUAACACUCUGGAGGUGCAGUUGAAGAAGAGUCUGUGCGGUUUGGGUUUCAGUUUCUACAUCAGUGAGCUGAACAGUGGUUCUGACGAGGGCAGCAGUGUGGUACGGAUUAAAACCCUGUUCCGGGGUCAGCCAGCCCAGGAGUCACAACUGAUCAGAGAGGGAGAUGUCAUAUUGGCCGUGAAUGGACAACGGCUCACAGGCCUCAGCUACCAGAGAGUCUUGUUUCUUCUCCGUGGGGCUCCUUCUGAGGUCAACCUGACUCUCUGCAGACCUGAUCCUUGGGUGCUGUCUCAACUGGACGCUGACACACUGGUUCCUUUUCAGUCUUCCACCCGUGAGGUGAGAUCCAAAUCUCUAGACAUCAGGCUGAAGGAAGACUACAACGAGCUUCUCAAGCUACAGCCUCACCAGAUCCACCAGUACGAUCCGGAAAACCAAGUCCACAAGGGGUCCACUGAGCCAACGCAAGCCCAAGACCAAGACCCCAGGCAAGCCAGCCAAACUGACAACUCCACCAAGCUCCACAGGGGCCUGGCGACUCAACAGAGUCAGGAAGGUCCGGACGACGAAAUGGACACAGCCGAGAACCAGGCCCCCUCGCCAUCUCCUACCCCUUCCUCAGCUACCUCCCCCAUCUCACUCACCAGCAGGAGUGACCCAGGAGACCGUGAAGAGUUGUCGGUAGUGGAGGAAGUUUCUGAAGAAAUAAACUCGCCAACCUACGUAUCCAGCCCUGGUCCCAUAUACACCAGUGGCAUUCGAGAAGAGGCGGACGGGAGUCUGACAUACUGCCUUUCAGGGGAUGGAAUGUCAAUUCUGGCAGAUAAAGACUAUAUGACAAUAAGUUCAACUUUGGACAGUCCCUUUAGCCUCACCUCAUGUGCCCCUGAGGUCAAAUCCAGCAGCGCUUCUAGGGUUCCAUGCACCACCUUCAGUAGCCCCUCCCUUCCACCCAAUUCUUCACAAAGUACCUCUGUCCAGCAGACACUGUCUCAGCCGUCCCCUCCGACGAGCCUCUCCUCCAGACUGUCUGACCUCAACGUCAGCCGAUCGGCGCAUCCACCCCAGCCUCUGCCUUCUAUGGCCUCUCCCCCCAGCCUCUCUAACCACGCCUCCAGGACCUCCGACCGCCAACGAGGCAUCCCAUCCAUAGGAAAACAUGUCACCUCCGAUCCCCAAGGCAGGGUCACCUCUGAGCGCAAACGCAGCAUCACCUUCAAGACGACCAACACCUCCAAUGUCACUCGUUCAGUCAUCCAGUACCAUUCCGAGCCCCCUGAUGUUCUGCCACCAUCCCAACCACCUCCCACAUACCAGCCCUCCCCUCUGGCUCCCCAACCCUCACUCUCUCCCCCCAUUCAGCCAGCUCCCCUAGCACUCACUAAACCGACCUGGAGGCAAGCGACCGAAGGGGAGGAGGAUGAAGAUGAAAAUGAGGACGACGAGGAUCCCAGAAAGGGAAUGAUGAAGGAGUUUGAAAUGUGUGUUGUGCUGAACAAGCCGUGGAGCGGUAGUUUUGGCUUUACCAUCACACGCAGCAAGAUGGACGACUGCUAUUAUAUCCAGGACAUUCUGGAUAACCCUGCCAGGUCGGACGGACGAUUGAGACCAGGGGACAGACUAGUCAUGGUCAACAGCCAGAAUGUGACUAAUGUGACAGACGAGGUCGCCAUGUCGAUUCUUAGGUCAUCUCCUAGGAGACUGAGUAUGAUUCUAGGCAGGGCAGUGACCAACCUGAUAGCGCCGCCUUCACCAGACACCUUGCCAGACAUCAUCCUGCACAAGACGCCCACUGGACAACUUGGGAUAAAGCUGACUGGGGGAAUCGGCAGCAGGUGGCAAGGGAUCUACUGCCAGGAGGUGGUCCCAGGUUCACCCGCCUUUGAGGAAGGAAGCAUCGAACCGAACGACAGGAUCCUGUACAUCUGUGGCAGAUGCACCAUGGGAAUGACGCUGGAGGACGCUGUGAAGGCCUGCGAGAAUGCCCCUCGUAAGGUGAAACUCAAGGCAACAAGAGACGAUCAGCCUGUGACGCCGAAAACCCACUCCGCCAAGUGGAACGGUCUCAGUGAUCUAAGGGAGUGGAAGAAGGACAAGGAACGGAAGUAUUUCACUCAUUUUGAAGAACCCACUUCACCUGAGGCUAAGACGCCUCCAGAGCAGAGUUCUGCAGGUAAAGAUGUGCCUGAGACCACUGGGAAAUUCAAACCGCGUCUUUCUGUUUCCUCUGAUCAAGAGAGCUGUAUCUUGCAGAUAGAUGUGUGUAAGCCUGAAGGAGGGGGGCUGGGCUUUGCUCUGAUUGGAGGACACAACGGGAGCGCGCUCAGGGUGAAGGAGAUCUGCGCUGGGGGCGUGGCCCAGCAGGACGGCCGGCUCAGAGUGGGAGACAUACUGCUUGAGGUCAAUGGCAUAAUAGUCUCAGGUCUGAGCCACAGUAAGGUGGUGGAUAUCCUCCGUAACGCCGAGGGAAACAUCCAGCUCACAAUCUGUAGAGACAUUAUUCCGCAGGCCAGCACAGCACCCUGCACUGAUACAGCCUUCUCAAUGGCUUCCUGUCCAGGAUCAUAUAUGACAUCAUGUCCUGGAGUGAAUAUGGCCCCUUGCCCUGGAGCAAAUGUGACAUUGUGUCCUAGAUCCAAUAUGGCCUCCCCUCCUGUGUCAAAUGUGGACGUCUUCACCGAACCCUGUGAAGGGAAUGAUGUAGAGCCUGUGUCCAACCAGACUGCCUGCUCCUCUGAUCCCCAGCCAGAGAGCCUCCCCCCUGAGGUGACUUCAGACCUGUUACCUGACACAGACAAGGACGACAUCCCCCUUUCUCCCCACCGCCUCGCUACUCCCCAUGGCCGCUCCCACCGCCUGCGGGCCCUAACAGAGGAGGAAAUGGCUAUGCUGGAGAGCUGUGACAGUUCACCAACUCAUGAGGGUUGCUGCCUGCCCAGCAAAACUGUAAAUGACUUGUUCCAUGACGCCUCGGGACGGAACCAAAACUCUGUGACUACAUUUGAAGAAACAUUGACAGGCUGCAAGAACAGUCAAUCAGACGGCUGGAGCAGUGAGGACGAGGACGAGGAUGAUGAGACAUUUGAAGCUAAUGGUCAGGAGAACAUUUCACCCUUCUCAGGUACACAGAUAGUUUCAGAAGAAGAGCUGGCCAAUCUAGCCAUAAUCAGUCCAGCCAAGCCCAGUCAGUACUCUGGCUCUCGGGUCGAAGCCCUCAUAAAGAUACUACAACAUCAACUAGACCAACACGAACUGAUCCGAGAGUUCAUUGCCUUGGAACAUAUGAAGCCAUCUGAUAACUGUCUUGUGGGGAAAGCACCAGAGAACCGGGAGAAGAACCGUUACCGGGACAUCUUGCCGUACGAUAAGACGCGUGUACCACUAGGUGAUGCCCAGGACUAUAUUAAUGCCAGUUAUAUCCGUAUGGAGGUUGGCACUGAGGAGUUCAUCUACAUCUCCUGCCAGGGACCUCUCCCCUCCACCUUGGCCGACUUCUGGCAGAUGGUCUGGGAGAACAGAUCUGAUGUGAUAGCCAUGAUGACUCAGGAGAUGGAGAGAGGCAGGGUGAAGUGUCACCGCUAUUGGCCAGAGAUAGCUAGCUCUCCACUGGACACGGGACGCUUCCAGCUCAGCAUUGAGAACCAGCAGUUUCUGGAAUACUUCCACAUCAAGAUCAUUCGUAUGGUGGAAAAAGAGUCCGGUGAGUCCCAUCAUGUCCGUCACCUGAAGUUUACCCGUUGGCCUGACCAUGGCGUACCACAGUCUUCGGAGCAGCUGGUCAGAUUUAUCCGCUACCUCCGAGCAGUCCACCAUAAAGGACCUGUCACUGUUCAUUGUAGCGCUGGGAUCGGACGAACAGGGGUGCUGAUCUGCACCGACGUCAUACUGAGUCUCAUCGAGAGCGACCUCCCGAUCAACGUAAGUAGCAUUGUGAGGGAGAUGAGACUGCAGCGAUACGGCAUGAUUCAGACCAAGGAACAGUACCUUUUCUGCUACAGAGUUUGGCUGGAAGUUCUACAUGGCAUUCUGCAGCUGCAGGGGAACCAAUGGCAACAUGAGAGCCCCCGGGAACUUAAUAUGAGCCCUCGUGAACUAACCAACCGAUGGCAACCAGACAGCCCUGUUGAAGACAAUCAAUUGGUUUGACCACUUAAACACCACCCCCUCCCAAAAUAGAGCCCUAACCCAUUUACAUUAGCAAUAUUUGAAUAUUUGGCUGUGUAAAAUAUACAUUUUGUUAGCAGUUGAUUAAAUCAUAAGCACUGUAUACUGUAUAUAGCAUACAUAUACAGUGCCAACUCCUUUGUUCAUUAAAUGUCAUGCUAAACACUUCUGAUGAUUUAAAGUUAUCAAAAGCACAUAUUGGAGGAGUGACCAGACUAAACUAUGUUUCUGAAGAGUUUUUAUCAUCAGGUUAGGAAUGUGUGUAUUAAGGUAGCUAUUUUUAAUUUAGGUCCUUUUGGGUUUUCAGAUUUGACAGCCUUUAGAGAUAUAGCGAUGUUGCCUUCUGUGUUAAGAUUUCUAACAACUGAAGUGUUACUGCUAAGUAAUUGUAUUUCAUAAUUCAGUGUUUAAUUUCCCUUAUUUAUCUAAUGUAUAUAUUUUCCACAAUUGUAUUGCACUGACAAAAUAUCAAUUAGAAACCCUAUAUGUUGUAGCACCAUAUCAUUAGGAAAUUAUGUCCUGGCUCACAGCAAUACACAGGCUAAGAUGCUGGAUACCCAAAUCUGUGUUGGAACAUCUUGAAUUAUGUAGCACAUACUGUAUAUAGAUUUAAUGUAAUAUCGGAUUAUAAUAUUGUGAAAUAAGUGCAUGUUAAAAAUGUACAAAUUCUCUCUACCAUUGAAAUGAGAAUUGAAAUAGCAUCAAGUGCCUUGUAAAGAAUUGCAGCUUUGUCAUAAUGAUAGAUAUUAGUUAUGUUGUGUUUAUUCAAAUUUGUUGAUCAUCCUUGAAGUGUGAAGCGAUUACUUUUUAUUUUCAGAUUCCCAAAAGUGUUUAUGUUGAUGCUCUACAGAUUAUCUACAGAGUAUCAGUCACUCUGUCCUAUACAUUUACUGUGUUCUGUUCAUGUCUUAUUAUCCCACAUUCGGAAUCAUUGUGUGUGAAUUUUGCAGUACUGUAGUAAAAUUGCAUUCUUGUCAUUUUGGAGACAAAUGUCUAUGACUGCUAAACAAGUGCUUAGGAAUUUGAAAUGUAAUAAAGGGCAAAUGCACAAACA